UAUCCCUUCAUAAUAUGGUUAGGGGAUAAUUAUGGGACAAUUUAUGAAUCAUAUUUAUUUAAUAUUCAAUCAAAUGGAUCAUUAUUCAUUGAAUGAAUAGGAAGUAAUAAUAAUGAUAAUAAAAACAAUAGAGGAUUAAAUGAAUGAAGAACUAACCGCCUUACCCGUCAUUCUAUGAUUAUUACAAUAUGACACUGCAUACAUGUUGGUAAUAUACAAUCAAUACAAAUAGACUGAAGUGAUUGUGACACAUUCACACACACACACACACACACAAGUAAUGAUACCUCAAAUAUAUACCAGGUAUUACAUCAUCCAUUAAAAUUUAUUAUGACUAUCCUGAUUAUCCAUUUGUCAACUUAAAGAUUUGAAAUAAAAUAAUUUUUUUAUUAAAAACAACUAAGAAAACAUAUGCUAUUGAUAGUUAUUACAUAUUAUUCCUUUUUAGCUUAGUUACAAUUGAAAGAAGAGAGAAAAAACAUCAUAGACAACAACCACCACCAUAACAACAACAACAACAACACAAUCACACAAUUUCUUUACUCUCGGACAGAAAAAAAAUAAGACAAUCAAUAAACGUCAGAACAAAUUACACAAAAGAGGAAAUAAACAUUUAAAAUUAUAAAACAAAAAGAAUAUUAUAUCAUGUUGUGGAAUAUAUGAGUGCCAUCUUGAAGUUUGUUUAUUUUGAAUCUUUCCUAGGAACAAAAAACAAACAAACAAACAAACAAUUAAACGAAGAAACAGAGACGAAGGUAAUAGUGAAACUGUAAAAACAAAUAAAUAAAAAAAGAUUUUUUUCAACUUGUUUUGAUAUCAGCUUGUAGAAAAAACAAACAAACAAAAGAAACCAAGAAAUUGGAUAGUUCAACUUAUUGAGAAAGAGAAUCAAUGUGGUAACAACAGUUAAUACCGUAAGUAAGGUUGUAGUGAACAAGAACACAAGCGGGGACAAUCGAAUGAGUGUGGACGCCAAAAUUACAGAAUCUCUUAGUAAAAGCUGAGAAUCAUACGAAUCAACCAAUUGAUUGUAUUAUAAACUUACAAAUGAUUAUCUUCUUUCAAGAACUAAUCCAUAUUCAAUUUUAUAAUCAUUUAAAAUGGAUGAAAAAAUGAAAGAACCCGAAGAUGACGGCGACCAAGAAGAAGAAGAGAAAGAAAAAGACGAAAAAGAAAAAGAACAAAGAAUAGAACAAUCAAUGAAAUCUAAUUUAGAAUGUUUCAAUUCAAUUGAUAAAACUCAACAUAAUAUACUUGAUGAUUAUGAUUUAAGAGGAUUUAAACGUUAUUCAUAUUUAUUACAUCAUCAACCAAGUACAGAAACUGAUAGUUUUGAAAUGUUUCAAUCAGUUGGUUCUACAAAAUUUCUAGAAAAUUUAGAUGAUUUUAAACAUUCCACAAGUGGAAGUUGGAAAUCGGUUCUUUCAAGUUUUGAAGAUAUUGGCACCAAUCAUAAUAACUUUAAGAUUACUACUACUACUAAUAAUAAUAAUAAUAAUCAUUAUCAUCAAAUCAUUGAAGUAUCUCCACAUUCAUUGAAACCUAUUAAGGCACAACCAAACUCUUCUUCUUCUACGACGACGACGACUAGUACUGCUACUAGUACUACAAUGAAUGUUCCAUCUAAUCAACAAAUUCAAACUGAGGAUUUACAAACAUCCAAAGAACAAUCUGAUUGUUCAUUUAAAUCAAUAAACAAUACAUUAAUCGAUAAUAGUUCUAGUAUCAAUGAUCCUAAUGAACAACAUUGUCAUUUACAACUAGAUAAUAAUAAUAAUAAUAAUAAUAAUCAUGUAAUAAUGCAUAAAACUGAUUUAUUCGAUCAUGAAAUACGUAGAUUUGAAGUAAGAAAACAAUCAAGAUCAUCAAUUUUAUCAAAUAAUCAAUUUAGACGAACAAAAUUUCUUAAACAGAAAUAUACUGACCCGAAUACCACUACGACUACUACUGUUACUACUGCUACUACUACUACUACUACUACUUGUAAUAAUAAUAGUAAUAGUAGUAUUAGUAAUCAUAAUGAUACAACAGAGAUGAUGCGUAACUCUUUAUACAAGUUAAAACGAACUGCUACAGAGCAUAUUACUAAUCGAUAUAAAUAUCAUGAUCGAAUGGAAUCCUCUUUAAUGCAUCACCAUCAUCAUCAUCAUCAUCAUCAACAACAUCAUCAACAACAACAUCAUUCAAAUGAGAAUAGUAUUAUUCCAGAUAAUACUAUAAUUAUACGUCGUAAAUCAACUAUUCAUUGUGUAUAUCCAAGACAUUAUAGUGAUACAAUGAGACAAGAUGAACAAUUCAAUUCUCAUACUAUAGACUAUGUAGAUAAGAAUGAUAAGAAUUCUAUACUUGUUAAUAGUAAUGGUAAUAGUAAUGGUAAUGGUAAUAGUACUAGUAAUCUCUAUGAAUAUGAUACUCAUUUAAAUGAAUAUAGAUUAAGUGAUAAUUUAAAAUCAUCAUUUGAAAAAGAAGAUGAAAUGAAAUCCGAUAAUUUAUUAGAACGUGAAGCUCAUAUUGGUGCAUUAGCAUUAGCAUGGGCAUCAGGUACGCAUAAACCAAAAAAAUCUCCAUAUGAUAAACAUACAUUAAGUAGAGAAACAUCAGAUAGAGUACAAGUGAAAUUACGACAAUAUAAUCAUACUACUAAUAAUAAUAAUCAUAGUAAAUCAUCUAUAAUGAAUCCUGAAAAUUUUAAAUUCAAUGAUUAUACUACUAAUAGUAGUAAAAAGAAUAGAAUGACAUUAUCUACAUUACGUGAGCUUAGUACAUCCAUUUUUACUCCAUCAAAAAGGAAUUUGAUAACCAGUUUUACCCAUCAUCCAAACGUUACUCAUCGACAGAAAGCCCAUUAUUCAAUUCAUGAAACUGAUAAUCUUGUUCACAGUAAUAGUACUUAUCGACCUAAUCAUGAUGGAAGUAAUAUUCCUACUAUCGCUAAUACUACUACUACUACUACUACUACUACUACUACUACUAUUACUACUACUCAAAAUAAUAAUAGUAGUAGUAAUAGUAACAAAACUGAUCAUCAUUUAAUACCUCAUAGUAUUAAACAAGCAAUUAUUAGAAAUACAGCAAAAAUUGCUAUCUCACCAAUAUUGAAUACAAAUGAAGAGAAUGAUAAUCAUUCAUAUAAUUCAAUAGAUCCAAUCUGUGAAUUAGAUCAAUUAGAACCAUUCAAUAGAAAAGAUGAUCAUCUACAUGAAUCACAUUCUAUUGAACAAUCAUCACAGUAUCGUCAACAACAACAGCAACAACAACAACAACUACAACAAAGUGAAGAACUACGUAAACUAAUCGAUAAUGAAUCACAACGAAUGAUCCAUAGUCAAAAAUCUUCAUUACAAUCUGAACAAUUACAUGAUAUCAAUGAUAUAUUUGAAACGAAUAAUAAUAAUAAUAAUAAUGAUGAAACAAAUAGACCAAUUGGUAUACGUGCUAAAAUACGUCGUAAUGCAGAAGAUUUACGUUCAUUAUAUGGUACUAGUGGUCCACUUGGUUCAGUUCAACCAACAAUGAAUUAUAAAACAUCAAAUCGUGGAAUUGGUUGGCGUUUACAUUGGCGUAAAAUAUUUAAUGAAAGACGUAGAAAAUUAGCUGAUUAUUCAUUAUUUUUUGCUGUAAUGGGUAUUCUAUUAAUGGUAUUUGAAUUAGAAAUGAUUAUGGCUAAAGUAUAUUUAAGGACAUCAAUCUAUUCCAUAUUGGUAAAAUCAUUGAUCAGUGCAUCAACACUUAUUCUAGUUGGUCUUACACUAGUCUAUCAUGCUGUUGAUGUACAAUUAUUUUGUAUUAAUAAUUGUAUUGAAGAUUGGCGUAUAGCAAUGAAUUGUAGAAAAAUUUCAUUAACAUUAAUUGAAGUAUUUAUAUGUCUUGUACAUCCUCCACCAAUUCUAUCUAAUUACAAUAUAUAUUCAUAUAGAAAUUCAUAUUAUACUGCAUCAACAUUAAAAAGUUUUAAACAAUUUGAUGAUGUUCUGAAUGAUCAAGAACCCUUAUCCUCAUCAUCAUCAUCCAGUAUUCCAAUGAAUUCAUAUUAUAAUAGACCAAUAACUACAUUAAUCUAUGAUUCCAUAUUAGAUAAUCAUACACAAAGAUUAAAUGAUUAUUUACCAUUUCCAAGUGUACCAUUUAUAAAUGAUCAUCAUAAUGAUAUUCAUUAUGAUGAUAAACCUGUACCUAUGAUUAUUUUAGAAUUGACUUUUUCAAUUCCAAUGUUUUUAAGAUUAUAUUUAAUAUUUCGUGUAUUAUUAUUACAUUCAACAAUGUUUACUGAUGCUGGUUCACGUAGUAUUGGUGCAUUGAAUCGUGUGAAAAUUAAUGUUAGAUUUGUAUUAAAAACAUUAGCUACAGUAUGUCCCGGUACUAUGUUAUUAAUAUUUAUAUUAUCUAUGUGGAUUGUAACAAGUUGGAUUAUGCGUGUAUGUGAAAGAGAACAAAAUAAAGAAUAUGAGAAACUUUUAAAUUCAAUGUGGUUAAUUGCUGUUACAUUUUUAAGUAUUGGCUAUGGUGAUAUGGUGCCAAAUACAAAUUGUGGCAGAGCAAUAUCUGUAUUAGCUGGUGUUAUGGGAUCUGCAUGUACAGCAUUGGUUGUUGCAGUGGUUGCACGUAAGCUAGAAUUAACAAGAGCUGAGAAACAUGUACACAAUUUUAUGCAAGAUAAUAAAUUCUACAAAAAUCUUCGACAUUCAGCUGCUAAUGUUUUACGUGAAACUUGGCUAUUUUACAAAUAUACAAGACUUGUCAAACGUGUUAAACCAGGUCGAGUAAGAAGGCAUCAAAGAAAAUUUUUAACAGCAAUAAGUAGAUUAAGAAAAGCAAAGGAUAAUCAACGUAAACUGAAAGAAGAUGCUAAUUCUAUGGUGGAUUUAGCUAAACUACAAACUAGCAUAUAUGAAACUGUAAAUCAUAUUCGAGCUGAUCAAACAAUUUUUGUUCAACGUUUGGUUGGCGUUGAAAAGUGCAUGACAUCAAUUCAGUCUUAUGUAAAUCAAAUGUCGGAUACAUUCACAGGAAUAAUUGAAACCCUUGAAACAUGUAAUACUACAACUGUACCAUUAGAUGAUGAAACAAUAUCAUCUUAACAAUAUAUAUACAUAUAUACAAGAUUAUCAUUUAUUGCCUAGACAAUUUGUACAUACAUAGUAACUAUUAGAUCUUAAAAGUAAACAAUGAUGAAAGAUGCUAAAUAAUCAAUCAAUUGUCUUUUGAAUAGUAAUAAUAACCAUAUAGACUUUUGUUAUUCAAUCCUACUUAUCUGCCUAUUUUGAUUUGUAUCCUUCCCUAUAUACAUAAAAAAACAAUGUAUCACCCCCUCCACACACCCAAAUACACACCUCCUCUACCCACCCACCUAUUUUUUAUAAUAUAUAAUAAUUUAUCAUUCAAUUUCUCAACUUAGCACCUUUCUCUCUCUCUCUCUCUGUCUCUUCUCGAAUCAUUCAUUCAUUGUCCUUAAAGAAAAGAAAAUGAGAUUAACAAAGAAGAAGUAGUAACAGUAGUAGUAAUACUAGUAAUAGUAUCCUAUUCUUUUAUCUACUAAUUCAUAAUUAUAUUGUACUGUAUAACAACUUGAACUAAUGCAUAUAUAUGCCUGGUCCUAAGUUGUACCUGACUGACUGUCUGAAUGACUGACUGUCUGAGUGAUAUACUUUCACAUUCACUAAUGAAUAAAUCUUUAUUAUGUAUUUAAUAAAUCAUUCAAUGUUUCAAUAUUAAACUUGUUUACAUUAUUCAAUCAAAUACAUUUUUUUUACUUUAUAGUAGAACAAAAUGGGAUACUUACCUUCUUUCUUUUCUUUACCCUUAACUUUGUUUAAAUUCAACAACAACAACACCAACAACAAUAACAACAACAACAAAUAAAUCAGUAUCAUUUUGAAAUGAUAAUCUUUUUGAGAAAUAUUGUUUUCUUUUUUUUUUCUUUCUGCUUCUUGUGUGUAUACACGAAAACAAAGUAGAUAAAAGAAUAAACAACUAGAUACUAAAACAAACAAACAAAAAAACUUCCAAGAGUACACUCUCCCCCUAGAAACAGGAAAAGAAAAAGCAUAUCACAUGAUACUUAAGAGUAAUUUGAUCAAUUUUAUUUUAUCAUAGGACUCUCUAUGGGAUUGCAUCUAGGAUUGAACCUAAGAGUUCAACCAUGUUGGAAGUGAGAUAGUAUUAGUUAUUAGUGUUAAACAUUAGUCGUUCUAAAUCAUAAAUGAAUUGAAUUUGGAGUGUAAACUCAGUUUCCAGGAUGGUUACAUGCUAACUACAACAAGAUUUCAAAGAUUGAGGUGUGGUCCUUGAGUUUGUAAAGAAGCAUUUCUAUGGAAUAACAUAUUAUGAUGAAACAAUUCUCAGUACUCUUUGGUUUUCAGUAGUGUUACACAUCAAAUGAAGUUAAUGUGACAAAUAUCAUCCACAUGCUCCAUGUUUGUUACAAUAUAUAAGAUCUGUAUCACUAAAGCUUCUGCAACGCAAAAGUAAAUUUAGUGGUGAAUCUCUCAACAUAUCUGACUGAAUCUCGACAUAUAAAAAGAUGAAUCUAAGGCUAUUGUAGACUAAGUGACAUAAUCAUUAUACGCUAUUCUUCGUCAAUUCAUGGUGAAACAUAACAUUCUACGCAGUAAAGCAGUUAAGACGAACAAUCUAAGUAUUUAGCCUCAAAGAAGUAGAUGACCUGGCUUAUACAUACAAAAUUGAUCGGUUGAUAUAACUGAUUUUUCAUCUAGAUGUGCAUAAAAGGGGAACUAUGAUAAGUUACACGACGAUUUGGUGCGUAGAAAGCCUUUCUAAUCGACCUUCCAAGAUCACUUUAAUUGCAUUACUAAUAAUAUCUACUUUAAACAUAAGACACAUAAGAGAAUUUCAAUUUAUGAAAUACAUAUAUAUACGGAUGUAAAGCUUUGAAAAUGAAUGUUUUAGGUGUCAUUGAAGAAAACAUACAGUAAUGAUGAAUAAUUCGCAGCACAGAUAGAUACUUUUACUGUUGAUAUGUUCUCUGAGCUAAACCGUUUAAUCACAGAUCGUAUAUUGACUCUAUGGACAAAAUCUUAUGAGCACCUAAUUUACAUAGAAGUGAUCUUAAUUCUUCACUUUUACACACGAAGUAGAACAGCUGAGAUAAUGCACAGAACUAAAAAUGAAUAUUCGCAAUUAAAAGCAUCCAGUUGGAUGAACACACCCUUAGAUUUCAUUGGACACAACUCAUUAAUGAAAGAAAAUGUGGUUCAAUGAACAGACACAUCAAGCACGGUUUACGUUCUGUAUAAUAUCUUCAGUUGCUGAAUUAUGUAAAUCGGUGACAAAAGAAACGUCAAGCCUGUUGGGAAAAGAUGAUUAACUUAAAUUUUGACAUAACUCUAUUCAUAUUCAUUUGUAAUGAGUUCCAGUUUCGGAGUAAACAUAAACUCUGGGAUGCAUGUAUAUCCAUCUGACGGGUCCCAAAUAGGACAAAACGCAUGCCCUAAAAUCCACUACUAGCCAUCAUCCAUCUCUGCUUAUCAGUAAUCGAACACAGAUAAAUGACAUACGCGAGUUUAAAUCACAUUUAUAGAAAUACUACUUAUCUGACCUAAACUAAGUAGAUGGAGAUAGCAAUUUGAACCUGUAACAGAAUGUUAAAGUAGAUUGUUGUUUUCAUACUGAAGCACAACUGUAUCAAUCAUUAUCAAUACAGAGCCUGGGACAGAUCUAAGUUGCCAUAACAUAGGUAAGUCUAUAAUUUUACUAACAAAAUGUAAAGAAUACACUUAGAGUACGACUACUCGUGAUAAGUCGAACUAAACUCCGUUGAAGAGGUAAACACAGAAAAGAUAGAUAAUAUGUAAACAUAUAUUACAAA